UGCGGGCUUCGGAUUGCCUAGCUCUGGAAUUCUGAGGCUCCUUCUGGAUGAGACCUGAGCUGUUCGUGCAGCCAGAAAAUCCGGGGUUCCAGCACGGAGGGGAUCCAUCGCUCCAGAUAAUACGUCCUGAUUCUCAAACUAAAAAGAAAACCCCAGGAAGGAAUGAAGGAUGAAGCUCUACAUAUAGUAGUUACUCAAUAAACAUUUACCAGACGUGAGAAGAAUUCCAUGAAGACAGACAGGAUUAACCAAGAUAAUGGUGUUUGAUUUCACAGAGUAAAUUCUCUUGGAGAAGAAUUUUACAGAUAUCCAAAAAUGAUUGAGAUUGAACAGGCAGAGGCCCAGCUCUCUGAGUUAGACCUGCUCGCCAGUAUGUUCCCUGGUGAAAACGAGCUCAUAGUGAAUGACCAGCUGGCUUUAGCAGAAGUGAAAGAUUGUAUUGAAAAGAGGACAAUGGAUGGACGAUCUUCAAAAGUUUACUUUACUAUCAAUAUGAACCUGGACUUAUCUGAGGAAGAAAUGGUGAUGUUUUCUCUGGCCUGUAUUCUUCCCUUUAAAUACCCUGAAGUUCUGCCUGAAAUUACUGUCAGAUCAGUAUCACUAAGUAGAUCUCAGCAGACUCAGCUGAACGCAGAUCUAACUGCAUACCUGCAAAAGAACUGUCUCGGAGAUGUCUGUAUAUUGAAUGCCACAGAGUGGGUUAGAGACCAUGCUUCUGGCUAUAUCAGCAGAGACACCACACCUUGCCCUGCUCCAGGAAGUACAGUCCAGCCAGUUGAUCUCAUUCUCACAAGACUGUGGAUCUAUAGCCAUCACAUCUACAACAAAUGCAAAAGAAAGAAUAUUCUAGAGUGGGCAAAGGAGCUUUCCCUCUCUGGAUUUAGCAUGCCUGGGAAACCUGGUGUUGUUUGUGUGGAAGGCCCACAAAGUGCCUGUGAAGAAUUCUGGUCAAGACUCAGAAAAUUAAACUGGAAGAGAAUUUUAAUUCGCCAUCGAGAAGACAUUCCUUUUGAUGGUGCAAAUGACAAAAUUGAAAGGGAAAGAAAAUUUUCAUGUUUUGAAGAAAAAGUAUUCAGCGUGAAUGGAGCCCGAGGAAACCAUAUGGAUUUCGGUCAGCUGUAUCAGUUUUUAAAUUCCAAAGGUUGUGCAGAUGUUUUCCAGAUGUUCUUUGGUGUGGAAGGACAAUGACUGGGCAGAGGAGUAGUUGAAAGUAUUUUGUCACUGUUGGCCUGUCGACUUUUCCCCCCACUGUCUCUUGAAAGAUGAAGUAAUUCUUUUUUAGCCCCCUUCCAGAAUGUAAGGGGGGAAAAAAGAGGGGAAAAAGGUAGUAUAGCUGAAAUGUAUGUGUUAAAAAGAUGUCAUAACUGAAAGGAGAACUGUUUUAAGUAUAAUCUUAAAAUCGUUGAUAGAAAGUUCUUGACAUAGAAAUUACCCAUUUUGAAAGAGAAAUUAAUUACACCAGAGGGAGAGGCAGGUCCAGCUUGCCAUCUGCUCCCACCUGUCCCCCCAGCCCUGCUUCCACUAAGAACCUGGAAAAGCUAGAUGUUCACUCUCCCAGCAUCUCUUCCACUAGGGGUGGUCUCAACACACGGCUUUGGGUGGGGGACUACUGGGGAAACUUCUGCUCUCCUGGUCAAAAGCGCAUGUGCAGCGAGGGCACCUCUUCUUCCCCUUCCUGCCACAGACACUACAGAAAAGGCUGAAGCUGCAGUAAGGCAGGAAGGGCCAGGAAAACCACAGAGAUGCCCGUCCCCACGUUGUUGAGCUGCCGAUCCAACACCAGCCCCUGCCUAUCUCUAGACAGCUUGUUAUGAAAUAAAACCAGUUUCGUUUCA